CUUUCAAUCCUAACUCUUAGAACCCUAUAUCUGUAUAGUUGUAGUACUUAUCAUAAGUUUUGUUAUUGCUGCUUACAAUGUCCACUUCGAUAAUUCUGCUGAUUCCCGAACAUUCGUUUGACCCAGGACUCACUAGCUGCAUACGCAGCUUCCGCGGAGCAAUAAAAAAACCUUCCGAUUCGGACCGGAAGGCGGAACGACACCAUGGCACCAGUCGUCGAGUCAUAGGCAACGAGUACGCUUCACAACGGUGCGUCACCUAUUCUUCAAUACGUUGCAGAACACCAACAGCCACUCUCCGGGGCUUGUAAUAGCGUGGAUUGGGACUAUCUUGUCGUUGCGUUGACUCUAUCCGUAUCCCCCGGACCAGAACUCGUUGCUGUUCUCUGGACAAGCCAGUCAACCCAUUUGUUUUGGCUACCAUUGUGGACGAAAAGUACAGCCAAGUUCCAGAGAAUAGGUCGGCUGGUUGACACUGCCUUAGUUGUCACCAACUCUCAGUUCGGAAUGUCUUCCUCACGGAACACGUCAGAAGCAGAAGGCCACCAAGGGAUGACGGGAGCUCAACUACCCAGCUACACGAUGGAGUAUUUUCCGCCGUUGGACUCACAAGGUCCACAGCCGGCUACUGUGCAGGCAUUCGAUGGGACACAUCAACAGGUACAGACAGGGCUGCAAGCUGCAGGGACAUAUGUCACUCCAGUACAGCCUCAUCCCAACAAUAGCUUAACUCAGCCUAUUGCGAACCAACCGCAGCCUGUUGAUCAGCAGCACAGCCAUAUUGGACAACCGGUCAACACGGGUGGCUUCAGAGAGACUAGCAGUAGUAUUGAGGGACUUCAACGAUCAUCAAUAGUGGAGUCAGCAAUGAGUCUCCCACCACAUCCUCAACCAACCAUUGGUCUUAUGUCAUCACCAGCCCAAAUUGCGAGUCCUGACAGCCAGCAAAUGAAUCACCACGUCCAUGCCACUGCUACCAGUGGUAAUCAGACAUUAGCAGCAUACCUGCCAUAUAGUGUCCCAGCAAUGCACGGCAGUAUGGCCAGCUCUAACAAUCCUGUGGAAAUGCACGCCGGCUUUCCACAGACCCCACUGAACAAUCUAUCACAAGGCGUCGAGUAUCAAUCGGACAACCCCUCUGCCCCUCCACUGUUUGGCGGACAUCCCAGAAAUCUGUGCGAAUGGCGUGUAAACAACGGUCUACAAUUGUGUGGGUUGGCUUUCUAUAGUGUCACCGAACUAGCGCAGCACAUAACAAACGUUCAUCUCCAGCAACAGGGCACUACCGAACAUCCCACACAGGAGGGUAGCAAUGUCUACAUCUGCCACUGGGACCAGUGUACACGCACCAAAGGAUUCAAAUUCAAAUAUAAGCUUGUUAACCAUAUACGAGUUCAUACAGGUGAAAAACCCUUUGUCUGCAAUCAUCAAGACUGCACACGCAAAGCAUUCGCAAGACCUGACAACCUGAAGAUACACUACAGAGUCCACACAAAGGAAAAGCCGUUUCCCUGCACCUUCCCGGACUGUAAGAAAAGAUUCGGAAAUUCCUCGGAUCGAAAGCAGCACAUGGUCGUGCACACGAAUGAUAAACCCUACCGAUGCAGGGCAGCAGGAUGUACGAAGAGAUAUACACAACGGAGCUCGCUUAAAAAGCACUCCAAGAUGCAUAAUGCUCGAAAUGCAGCCAAUGGCGGUAAUGCUCUUUCCUACAGUACCACGAACACCAGCGCAGAGAACAGUGGCUUGACGUCUGCGGAUGGUUCUAUUGCUGCGGACGGAGAAAGUGAUCAUGGCACUUCGAUUUCAUCUGAUGAGGUACUUGCAGACCAGCACCACCACCAUCAACAACAACAGGAAGAACAGCAGCAGCAGCACCAACAUCAACAACACCAUUUUGCACUUGUGACUUGCACGGACCAGUGUCAGCCUGCACAGCCGCAACACUUACCGCUGGGAACGUCCUCAAGCAUGCGGACUGUGAAUUCAGCAUCCACCUCAUCUUUGCCUCAGUUACCUUAUCAUUUGCCCUCUGCCCAGGCAACUGCUAGUAGUGAUCUGGUCAACAGUGUACUGCCAACACCACCUGGACAGCCGUCUGGUAGCUAUGCCGUGUUCAGUGGAGUAUGCCAUGACAAUGCCGGAAAGGGUGACCUAGUAGUGGCAAGCCUAGGCAGUGGAGCAACAAGAAAUGAUCCCUUGUCUACAUGUUCCAUACAGACAUUCCCACAGCCGCCGCCGCCACCACAGCCAGAAGCAGCAGCUGUGCCAGAACUGACUCAAAACAAACAGCUUGUUCAGCAGCAACAUACUCACUUCCAAUACCCGGCAGCACGUCAGCAGUUGCAGCAACAACUUCAUCAUCAACAUCUAGAACAGCACCUCCAGAAGCAGGAUCAUCAUCAGCAUCAGUAUCAGCAUCAGCAGCAGCAGCAUCAGCAGCACCAGGAAUCACAUGACCAAUGUCAGCAGUCGCAAAUCUAUCCAACUCACCACCAUCAGCUGCCGACGCCCACACACACAGAGCAGCAACAGCUAUCGCUGGUGGCUCACACACCGCAGCACCAGUCAUCACCUGUGUCUCAGAAGCACAACCAUCAGGCACAGCAGCAGUCUACAUCACAACAGGAACGUGCACAGGAACCCUUGCCUCAGCAUCAGCAACAGCAGCGCACUCCCAUCGCAUAUGCAGCUGCACCAGCAUUUUCCACAGCAUUCGACAACUGCUCAGCCAACACUGUUUCAUGCAGGACAUUUGCUGCACUCUGUACUACCCUCGCAUGACGCUCACUCUCUGUCAGCACAAAGACACCUCCCAAAAAGGCAAUUUUUAGCAAACACACCUUACACGGCUUGAAAACACUGUUCUCAUGAGCUGAACAACAGCCUUUUCAACAUGGCACUGCAGCCAGCUUCGUGAAUGGAUGUGUUAAAAACUGUCUAUAAGGUCUUUAAUGCACAUCAUCACUGUCACCCAAACAAUUUUGUUAUUAUUAUCAAGAUCCAGCUAACUCCUUAGUUUUACGGAGUUGACGAUUUUUUUAUUAUAUCUAAUUCAAAAAGAGGUAUAAAGUGUACAGCUGCAAGUUUAAUACUCGCUGUGCAUAGCUUUUGUGAUAUUGAAUGAUCGUAUCAACGCUGAAUGUUUUUAAGGUUAUUUCAUUAUAGAUGGAGCUGGGAUGUUGCUCAUUAGGCUGUGGAACUAGUCAAUCAGACGACUGUCACAUUUGUAGAAGUUCCUUUUUCAAAUGUCUCGUCAAUUUCAUUUUCCGCAUGUUGUCUCCACUAACAUUACCCAUGAUGCUGGCCACAUGUAUGUAGCGUCAGUAGAAUUGCAGCUCAACAUCCUAAUCCGCACUUCAGUCUUGUUUCUACCCACUCACUGUCAGGAUCGGGUAUUUCCCCUCCAAUUAGUAACCAUAGUACCCGUUUCUUUUUAGUUCACUUUUUCGGCUGAUCUGCUCAUCCCGCAGAAAUGUGUCAAUACUAAUGCUGGCCUAACAGAUUCUACAACUGCUGAAGGAAGUCGUGUCUUAGGCACUGAGUCUUCAACACUCAUAUCUUAUCUGUUUUCAAAAUAAUGAGAAGGUGUCUUCCUCUUA